CGUACGUCGCAGCACCCAGCCGUGAGCUCCCCCUCCGCGACUCCGGAGACGCUCGGCUGCAUUCGAAACCUUCGAUAGAGGUCCAUGGAGGCAACGCGUCGCCCGUGCCUCCAUGGCCGCUGUACUGCGAGACGUGCAUACGACAGCCUCUCAACGACCCAGCGUCACCAGGGACAAGAGCGCACAGACGUGUUCCGGACACGUGUAGUGAUCGCGGCGCAGUUUGUGGUGACUCAGUGACGGAAAGUACGUCUUGCCUCGUCUUCUUGGAGGCAACGUUGUCGUCGGUAUCCAGGACACUCGGUCAUCGCCUCCGUACCUGUGUGUUCUUAGCUAGCUCUGUCCACGCACGAUCGCCGACAGCUGGAAUACCCCAAGCCCGUGGUGUGCAGCGCAGAGUGUGAGUAGGUUGUUCAGUGACUGUAGACAGCACUGUGCUGCAGUGCAGGAAGCUGACGCGGUGCUCUUUGUACUAGAAGGUUCUGCGAGAGCGCGGGAGCAUUUGGAAUGUGCAGAGUCAAUGCGCAUACUUGGUGACUGCGGAAACAGCAAACACCGUGUUGUCAGCCCUCUGACAGGAGCGUUCCGAACGUCUGAUUGCAGCGUCCGUUGUCAAUUUGGAAAGUUCCGUUAUCAGCGGACCGUAUACACGCCUAAACGGGAGAAAUCCAUGGAUCAAUGGCGCAUGAUUGCCUUCUCAAGAAGAAAAUUUCCAGCGCUUAAAUAAGCUUGUCGGCGAAAUACAGCGUCGCUGUGCUACGACACCGGUACUUUUGCCGCUGAAAGUUCGUGUUAAUAUUAGUACGCGACCAACGGGUGACCGGAAGCAGCUGCUCAUAAACUCGCAACGCCUUCUUCAGCCGACUUGCUGAAACCUUCACUGGUUCGUGCAGUCUCGAUGUGACCGCAGGAUGACAGAAGCGCAAGAGCGGAGAAGGAAGGAGUCGGGUCAUCUUUCAACGAGUCAGGUGUAAGAUGUUCAGGAGCACCAGCAUGAACUUGGGAGCAGCGGUGUUGCCGGGAUGCCAGGCCAUCCUGUGCUUCAUCAACAUUGUCCUGCAGCUCGUCUCUCUGCCUCCCUCCUACUGGGGAACCUUCAUUGCAAAGACUGAUCAAGGAGCCAUUCUCGAGCGCGGCCACUUUGGAUUGUGGUACGUCUGCAGUGAACGCGUGCCAUUCUUCUUCGAGGACUGUGAAGCUCCAAUCACGUACCUGAGGCUGACCGGACUCAGCACGGCCGCCGGAGCGUUGGCCAUCAUUCAUCUGCUCAUACUGUUCGGAGCUCUACCGCUCAUCGUCAUACGCCUGGUCCAGUCUAUUAGAAACAUCGAAGACGGGUGCCUCGACGUGCGAUUUCUGUGUUUGGCCAAGACUACUGUCACUGUCGUUGCACUGAUCCUUGCGGUGAUUGUGGUAAUCCUUGGCAGUAUGGGUACGGAUCAUCCGGCCUACUAUGAAGUGCAGCAAGGAUGGGCAUUCUGGAUUCAGGUUGUCAUUCUGAUCAUCGACAUCUUCCUUGUGCUGGUUGGCGCCCUGGAGAACAUCCAACUUUGGAAGCUGCAGAACAUGCAAGAAGCGGCGAACACAGGGACGAGCAGCUACCAGGACGACUUCUCCGAGACAUACAGUAACCCUGGCUUUGGCCGACAACCCGUGUAUGAUGUGCAGCAACGCGCGUACGACACCGAGCUUCCUGCGCCGCCGCCUUCUCCGCCCGCGGAGUCGGAGGGCUCAGACUUCAACGGAUCGACGGCCGGAUUGCCACCGCCGCCUCCUCUGCCACCGCCAGGCGACGACGAUAACGGAUACCCAGAACCCGACGCUGGUGCCAUGAAUGGUGCUGACCUGACCUAUCAGAAUCCCACAUUUGAGGACAGGUCACCGAGCGCUCAGAGGAGGACUGCCAACAAUGAACCGCGCUAUGGCAACAUCUGAAGUGCAAGUGAUUGUAGUGGACCGGUAAGGUUUGACGCUGGGUCGACCAGCCCAAAGCUGUCUGAGCAGAGUGGUGUGAAAGACUAACGGUUCUGUAUGUAGCAGAGACCCUUUAAAACAAAUUCUGCUAACAUGAACUUUCUGUUAAGCUAACCACAAUGGGGACCUUGGUUUCGGUGAUCAUUUAUAGGGGUGUGCGAAUAGCGAUUUUUCAGACCGAAUCGAAUACGAACCGAAUAGUGCUAAAAGCGAAUCGAAUCAAAUUGCAUAUCAAGUACUUUUUGAAUAGUUUUCGAAUACUGAACAGCUGUUCUCACAAUUAAUAUAAAACGAUAUUCACAUCUUAGUAUUCUUAGCAUUAGAAGCAAACAAGUAGUGUAUGAGCAUGAACAGGGCUCUUCAAAGACUGUGAAUGAUCGCUGUGCAGCCUGUAAAGUAUGGCUACCUAAUUGACGUGUCCUGCUCCACUAUACAAGUUCUCAUGUUUUAUGUCUAUGCCCGCGAAGGUAAAAAUUUACUUUACUUUGCUCCAAUUUUAUGUUUAUUUGGGUGCAGUUGAUGUGUGGAAAUAUUUAAAAAAUAUUUGCAUUUACAGAUAGUGACUAUUCGAUUCGAAGACCGAAUUGAAUAAGACACUAUUCGAUUCGUUAUUCGACACUAUUCGAUUCGUUAUUCGAAAGUUUCAAAUAUUCGCACACCCCUAAUCAGCUAUCAAGGCAAAUUUCGAUAAGAGCACAUUUCUGUUGUUCCUUCAUGUUUGCUUUAAAGGAGUAUUGACAUGACAUUUUCGACUUGCCAUUUUUUGUGUUAAAUGAAGGUUUUAACUUUUUAAACUCCAGAAAAAAGAAACACCGGAAACCAUCAGAGUGCCCGACAUAAUUUACUGUACUACUUGUUUCAACGAACUAGUUUCUGUUUCAAUACCCUGGAGAUGGAUGUGCCGUAAGGCCAUGAUACGUUGCAUCGCUCCUUGUGGCUUCCCCAUGCCACAGACAAGCCACUAAUUCAAAAAAGAAUCUUGGGCCCCUCUCCAGGAUUCUCUAGGCCUUUCUUCACACAUUGUGAUGCCAGCUGUGUGCUGCACGUGAUGCUACCAGGGUAAAAGCUGUCGAUUGGUCGGUCGGCUGCAGAGGAUAGCGCCUACGUAACCAGAGCAUGCUGUGUGUUAUGAGAAGAGAGGGGUGCUGCUUGCCCACUGUGCACCACAAAUCUAUCUGUCAAGCUUCCAUUCAGUCGGCGCCGGUGCAGAGGGUGAUUAGAGGUCAGUGGAGGAGCUUUUCUUCUGGUGCGCUGAUGUGAUUCAUAGCUUUUGCUGCACUAAAUGGAGUUUGUGAGAGUACGCAGCGAGGAGGAGAAAGCACCAGUGGGGAGGGUAGCGUAGGCAAGUGAGAAACAGCAGCGGCCACGUACUCGUUCAUCAAAUGCCUGAUAAUUGCUAUUAAUUCAUCAUUUCAAACAAUUCUUGCAGCACUAUGUUUAUUGUAGGCUGUCGCACAGCUGUCAUUACAUAUGACGAAUUUUAGAGCGCAGCUCUUAGGCUUGAAACUAUUGCUGCAAGCGUCGGCGUUGGUGUCACUUGUAACCGCGGCGUGCAGUGGGCGAUGAAAAAAAUGGCGAGAGUGAAGAGGUGCGAGGAGGAAAGCGGAGAGGAGGGUGCAAAGGGACCAUGAGGUGGAAAGCAGAGGAGCAGGGUAUGGCGAAAGUAUGAGAAGAAAAAGCGUAGUGCAGUGGUGAUCUGGGAGUUCUGUCGACGGCGGCUGCUGUGAAUCGCACCCACGUGUCACCCACGCGCUGGCUCUCGCGAUUUCCAGAUUAGUGAGGCACUUGCGCCACACUUCGCUCCAUUUGCAACGUGCCGCAUGAGGCAGAUUGACCGCGCCAGCCAAUAUAUCGCGAAACAAAAACACGUAUAGAGCUGCGCUCAAAUUUCGCAUUAGGGAGUAUCGUAAUCAUCGGUGAAAUUUUUGAACUCAGAGUGGUUUAGUACCCCUUUAUUGUAUAUAGCGUUUCCCAUCAUGCUUGCUCCCUGCUGUAAAAUCAUGGCAUAUUUAACACACAAAAAACAUGGGGUAAAGUUUCUACAACUUCAAAAAUGUGUGUCAGUACUCCUUCAAUGGCCCUUUAAAGGUCACUUAAACAUUUCUUAAGGUCAACACUCCUUUAAAGGGAGCCUGCUGGAUAGAUAUGUAGUGGUCGCAUUUAUCUCUUGAACUUCUUGCGAAAGCCAUAGCUGUUGUGUUGUGAAGUCUGUAAAAAUGUUGCUUGGGAGAAGGUUUGUGUAUAGAAAUGCACGUGACUUGCCUGGUGCGAGUCCCUAAUAUUUAAAGUGCAAUUAAUGCUGACAGGCGCUUUUAUAAUGACAUCAUACUGCACAUUGAUGGUUCCGUCUGAAGAACUUUCGUCAGUGUUCAGGGGCUUCCUACUUCCAGUGGAUGGACAGCUAUACUACCUGUGCCAUUUCUGCUGUAAUACCCGGUGAUCAAGACAACAAUGGGUCUCUUCGAUUAUCUAUCCCUGACAGUCCCGGACUGCCCAAAGCAGUGCUUUCAGCCAAUGAGCGUUGUGUGUGCAGCUUCUCGGACAGUCCGGGACUGUCAGAGACGGUUAAUUGAAGAGGCCCAAUGAUUCCACAAACCAAAUGUCGACGCUGUGAUUUGUGCUGAUUCGAUGUUACCAGCAUCUUGCCUUUGAUAAACUUGUCUACUACUGACUUUCAAUUUGAAGAGUUGUUACGGUAGCUAUGAUUGUUACAACUAAAAUUACCAGAACCUAACAGUCAAGUACAGUGCACUCCGUAGGUACACUGAGGACUGUUGACAAUGAACAUUAUCGAGGAAACAGUGGAAAUGGUUGAAUUGGCUGGGCCAACUUUGGUCGACAGGUUGUGAAUCAGGGCUUGUCAAACUAGCUUGAGAUUAUUGCAGCCAAGCUGCACGAAAGAUCGUCCCGGUCGGAGCAUGUAAUGGCCAUGGUAUGCACUAGUGAUUUUUGGUUACAGCCAUUAACAACAAAAUUGCAAGAUCAACAAAAUUGCCAUGCGAUAUUGAGGCUAUGCAUUGGCAGAGUACCCAGUGGUGCUUGUGGCCUCUCAAAGCCCCUGGUCGCUCACAAUACACUCCAAACAUUCAGACAAGUUUUGGGGAGUUCUUAAAUGUCAGCAGCACAGCUGGUAAGCAUGGAUUGUUCAAGAGAAUAUUUAUUGUAGCACCCUUUUUUUCCAAAUAUUUUGUGCCUCUCACAAUAUUUUUUUUCUCAUAUUGGCCAUUUAUCAUCUUGUCACUGCACACUGGUGACGUCAACUUGAAUGGCUGUCAAAUUUUGUGUGUAUUGCUGUUAUGUAGAUAAUGGGAGAAACGAACUGAAAUGUUAGUCGGAACAAGCCAAUAGGCACAUGCAGACAGAACAGUGUGUGUGAUGAUGCUGUAAUGUGCCAGCUGCCUUAUAAUGUGUAGAAUAGUAGUACAAUAUUUCUUUUGCAUUCUCGGCUAGCUUUUUUGAAUAUGCAGCCAAGCACUGGCUACUUUUCAAGCAUGGAAACUCACUUUGCAUGCACAGAACCCAAGCAACUACAUUAGUUCAUAAUGUGAUAGUCCUUGCACCAAUCAUUUCCGAGUUUGAUGUCGUGUUUGCUUCAUGAAAACAAAAGGGACACUACUGAUGGUCACAUUGUCAUUAUUUUACUUCACUGAGUCUGUUAUUUAAUUAUUAUUUAUUAGAUGUAUUAGUCCACGAAAGUCGGUGCUAUUUUCUGCUACCUGGUUGGUUUGGCCGACUGAAUACUGGAGUGUUUCGUUUGCUUUAGGCUCUUAUUAUCUUUUACUGUUAUCAUAGACUGCAAAAGUACAGCAAGAGGGACCAAAGUAAGCCCACAUUUACAGACAUUUGAAUGUUGAAACGUUCGCUGUGGUGUAGUGUACUUUCAUAUCACAUGUGUUCACAGCAAUGUGGGUCACGGCUGAUAUAACUUCUGUGCGGUUGUGAAAAUGCACGUCUUUUCUGUAGUGUGGAAGCGGUGCUUUAUGAAAAGUCACUGCAACUAAAAAAAGUUGUAGUUCUCAUUUGCAAGUGCAGUGGCAUCAUCUUUCUGGUGUUAAGAGAAAGAUUCAAAGCUGCACUACUGACUACAGUUAAACCUCGAUAUAACGAAGGUGUACUUGCAGCGAAAAACUUCAAUAUAUCGAUAAUUUCAUUAUAUUGAGGUUUCGUUAAUUCAAUAGAACUAAGAUGGGGAAAUAAGAAUAGUUUGUUACAUCGCAAAUUUUAUUAAAUUGAGGUUCGUUAUAUGAAGGUUUGACUGUAGUUGGUCUUGACACAUGUGCAGCAUGUUGCCACAGCAUGUGGCUCGUAGGUGAGUCACGACGCACAGGAACUGGGGGGUGAAAAUGUGCUGCCAAAAGGAAUGUGUUAACUUAUAAAGGCGAGCUGCUUUUCAAGCAGCUUGCUUGAGUGUAUGCUUGAAUGUGUGCUUGAGCAUAAGUUCUUUUUUUUGUUGCAGUGUUUUUGUGCGUUGUGGUGUUUAUGUUUUGCAUGAAGCAAGAAUGUUUUGAAGGCAGCUUAAGGUACUGUUAUGGUGUGCACCUGUGGUUUUGUUGACAAAUUCGAAAGAAGUUUUGUUUACCUUGCCAUUGUUCUUGCUCAAAAUUUACCAUGCGACUUAAUUUUUUGGUCCAUGUCAUUUAAUGAAACACUUGACAUUAUUUGCCUUGCUUGCUUGAACAUUUAGUUGCCAAAGGCAGUGACGCCAUUGCAGCAGCUGGCUUCUCCAAUGGUGUGGCACACAUAUUCCAAGUUUUUUUAAAAAAUAUUUGUUCCGACAAAACUGCAAGCAUAGAAGGCAAGCGUUUGACUAAACAAUACAGACCAAGAAAUGCGACAUUUUAAUAAAAUUUGAGCGGUAAUGAAGUAGCAGUAAGCAUAAAAAAUAGUUUGUGUUAUUCGAAUAAGAACACUGGCCACUGUAUACUAGGUAAUUCUUUGGCAUUCUGUAGUUAAAUAUCACCCAGGCCACAGCUAUGUGGCUCUAACAGCUCUGUGAGAGUGUUUGCUGCGAUUGCAAGUUUGGUGUUUUGAUUAAGAGAAAGAAUUAUGCAUGUUUUCUUGUAUUGAGCCCUUUAUUACCUGAAACUUGCAAAUGGUGCUGUUGAGACAGUGUGUCUUGGGAAUGCCUGUUAAUGUAAUCUAUUAAUAAUAAUUUGUGCACAUUGAAAGUAGUGCACUUGACAAGUAGGCUUGAACAACUUUAUUGCUGGCUCUUAUCACUGGCUUGUUGAUAUUUGGAUCUUUCUGAAAGCCGGAUUUGGUGCUGGUAAUUGCCUGGUUUGUCUUUAUCGAAUGGCUGCUUUGUGAAGUCUUGUACAAUUUGCAAGACUGCAUGAAGUGAUUACUAAGCAUGUGCUUUUUCUGAGCUGCUACAAAUGUGCUCAUUUUCGGUGCUUUUAUCUUGUAACCUAAUAUUUCAAGGUGUAGUAGUUGCAAGGUAUACUGCAAUAUAUAAAAUUAUAGCCUGAUCACUGGUGUUUUGAAUGAAUGUAUAGCAGGCAAUUUUUGAAAAUUUUUAUGUGGAACUUCAAAGAAGCACCUUAACAGACCAUGCAUGAAAGUAAUAAUUUGCUAUUUUUACUAGUACUGAGUGUAAAAAAAUCAGAAAUAUAGUCAACUUCUGUUAAUUCAAUCUUGAUGGGACUGACAAACCUGGUAGAACUAUCCACCUGGUCUAAUUGAACACAAGCCUGAAAAAACUCCGAAACAUGCCAUUGAUUCACUUGGCAGUAUUUUCCUCUAAAGUUAGCUUCACCACAGUACAGUCGUGCGGUGAAGCGUACCAAACAGAGAAAGUUGCCACUGUUACAGGACAUAUAAUGUGUUCCUUAAUUUGCACACGCAUGUGCGCCGUCUCUGGUCACAGUACGAGCACUGAGAUGCCUAAUAAAUUUACUGUCAAAAACCGUAGGAAAUUAUAUAUUCACUUGACAGUCGAAUGCCUUUCUUUCGUUCGAAUUAAAUCUGAGAAUAGCUUUCUUUUUAAUUUUCUCCUUCUGAAUUUGGAGGGGGGGGGGGGUCAGCCAAGAACCGAGGUCAGCCUAUAUUUGUGUAAAUAUGGUAAUUUGCCUUUCACCAUAAAAAAUGUGCUGCAUGUAAUUGUGAAGCUCGGUCUCUGGCAUUUUGCUAAUAGAGGAGUGGAUGUGGAGGGCUAUGUGUCCAGGUGAGCAAGUUUGGGGGCCAGUUAGAUUUUUAGAAUACAACCUAUAGAAGAUUACGAAAUGUUUUCUUUGUGUAAAAUAUGAAUGUAGCCUAUGCUAAAGUGCAAGAAAAUAUUUUGCUGUUGUCAUACAAGGUGUACACAUCACAGUUCGCUGAGUAAGACAUGUUUUUGUGCCAACAUACUGAUGGCCAUUGAAAAGAGGCUCCACACAUUUCUUGCUCGUGUCUGCCACUUAACCCGGUGAUGAGCGAAGCAGUGCAUGCUUUUAUUCUGACGAGGCUUUAACAACAUUGCUAGUGCAGAUUAUGAAGUUGACAUGUGUAUAAUAUUUGUCACAUAAUCUGGCAAUGAACAAAAGAGUGUGAAUAUGUUUUUAUGGUGACAAUACUACAAUUCUUCAUUCUUAAUGCAUUUCAUAACCUUGUCAAAGUUGUUUGUGGCAUGACGGAAAAUGUUUAUGCAUACGUGCCAGAAGUUAUUGUGUCUAGUCUCCUUGCUAUUCAGCAUUGUCACUUGCUGCUUGUUUUGUUUGCGGAAGCUGGUUCACAACUUCCAUUUCUUUGUGCCCUAAACUGCAGCAUCUGUCUUUUUUUUUCAUCUUACUGCACUUGGUGUGAGAACAGUAGUAGUUCACCGGUUAGUAUGGUGCUGACUUUGCACCAGAAAGCUUUUGCCAUGAAAUUGCAUUUUCCGAGGCUGUGGAUAAAUGUUGGAAGAGUUGAAUCUGUUGUGUAUGGAUGGAUGAAUUGUGGAGGUGUUUGAAUGCGUGGAAGCAGACUGUUGCUUAGUUUUGUUUUUCUGUGGAAGCAUUGUUUAAAUGUGAUGGGUAACAAUGGUCAACCUGCACCAGUUAAAAAUUUAAGUAGGCUCUAUCAAACAGCACUGAAUUAGUUUAGUCUGUUCAAGAAUUAUCUAAGAACUAUGUUCAUUCAUUAAUUAAAAACCAUAUUCACUUGUGUGGUGGAAAAGCGUUAACUUUAGGCAAACUUUGGGCUGUUAAAAAAUUAUUUAAGAACUGUGUUCAUUUGUUUGAUGGAAAAGCGUGAACUAUAUAGCCAAACUUGCCUUUCUUCAAUUUUACGCUGAGAUGUCAGCACCAGUAUGUCAGUGUGAUGUCAUGGGAUUGUGAAAUAUUUUUUCAUACUUGGGCCGUUUGGGAGAAGAAAACAUUCUUCAAACUUACUAGGGUCAAGAGCGUUGGUUUCUUUAAAAUGCAGUGUAGUCCUUGCUUACUGAUAAACAAUUAACCAGACCCAAGUAGACGGUGUCCAAAUCUCUGAUGUUACGGCGAACUGGUGCACCAACCUUGAGACUGUGUUGCCACCCACCUUUUCAUUUUUACAUAUUUUCUGACUUAACAAGCUUUUCUCACAGUAAGAGUGGCCACUUUGUUGUUGAAGUCUUAUACAGAUUUGCUAAACAUGCCUCUUUAGUGGCCCUUUAAUGCAAGCAAAUCUCACAGCUUUGGUUAGACUGCUAUGCUAUCAAAGCAUUUUGAAGCUGCCUAAUUCAUACAGAACUUUGGGUCAACUCAAAACUUAUUUCUUAAAGGCAGAUCAGUACAGCCAAAAAUGGCUGAUGAGGGGAAAUUCAUAAAUCUAGUUGAAGCAUCCCCUUGUUUGAUAUUUCUGUGCACGCUUGCAGGUGCCUUCAAGCCAUUGACACGGUUGCAAUAAGGCAACCUGGGACCUACAUGUUCACAUAACUGUCUAGGUCAUGUAUGUGUUCUGUUCUCAAUUGUAAGGAUGUGUGCGUGCGAGUUUUCUUGCAGUGUAAUUUUGUCUAGGUGCUGUCAAACCUGAAAACAGCAAAUGUGGAUAUAACGAAUCAUCAGGUAUGAUGAAGUAAUUUGAAAUGUUUCUCGCCAAUAUCAGUAUGUAACAAAUAUAUGUUUAUAAAACGAAUAUCAAAUAUAACAGAGGUACUUUUGUGUCACAUGCUGCUUAAUCAUAAUGAGGUAUGGGUGUACGUUCUAUUCAUUGGAUAAUUCUAGUGAAAUUCUGUAGGUCAUUAGAGUUUGAAUUUGCAAGCAUCAUCUGGGCCUCUGAAUUUAGCAGCACUGUCUAAACAGCAAUAUCGCAUGCGUAAAUGUACAUUCCAAUUUGCAUUAACCUAAAGGUACAUCACGAUGUCUUGUCAAGUGUGUAGAUUUUUUGUGCAACCUCAACGUUCAUAUAUAAUUGGCCAGUUGUGGCACCCGUGUACUAAUGGCAUAAAUUCAAAUGUGAAUAAAUCAAUAUUGGCUAGGCUGUGUUAUUGAAUUUCUGUCUUUGUCUGCGUUUGUAACAGUUACUUAAUUCGAGCUCCACAAUGUGCCUUUGGAUCCACCCCUUGCUCAAGGACUACAGAACGAUUGGACAUUGCACUUCCUUGCGAUUAGGGGGAACAGGUGUUGAGAUUAGUUUUUAUUGUUCACGUUUCAAUUUAUGCUGAUGGUAUGGUUAUGUCCAAGUUGCUCCUGUUGUGUAUGUAAUCCUUUCUACUUGUUCUGGAAAAACAUUCUGUUGAGAGUUGUUAUGAGAUGCCUUGUUAGUCACUACAGUUGUGCCCAUAGAGAUGUCUUUGAUAUAUUCCCUGUUCAUAUUUUGUGGUUAAUUGUGUUGACAGUGCAUUAUCUUAUGAAAAUAUAGACACUUGUAAUGCUUUUGAUGAUUCAAAGCACCACCUAAUUUAGUUUUAUGCAAAUAUCUUUGUUAGUAUGUUUGCUGUGUCCGCUUAUGUAUUGGAACACCCCCUGCAAAUCCAGUUAUCUUAAGGAUAAUAUGUUCUUCUUCACUUAAAAAAAAAUCAUGGAGCAAAUUUAAAAGCAACAUUUACUAAUCUCUUGAAAUGUGUAUUUUAUAUGCUGUAGAAUGUUUUUUAUUACAUUUGUGUAGGUCACAUAAGUGCGAAGUUUUUAUGAGCCAUUACAGAUGCAUGUCAGGUUCUUUUUAUAAGUAAAGGUGUAACACAUUGACUUUUGACAGAAUUCUGAUAGCAUUGACAAUGUCUUGCGUUAUCAGCACAGAAACUUGCAGCUCCUUUAUGCUUCAAAAUACUGCUUAGAAAUGCCCAUGGAGUUGUUUUUUUUUUACAAGAAUAUUUUUGUUGGUGUGUUUCCUAUGUGCACUUGCACUAUGCUACAAUUUUUCUACACAUGCCACUGCAUUAUACAGUGGUAGUGUGUCUUUCUUCACAGCAGGUACAAAACAUUGUUUUGUUAUUGUGAACUCCUAUACAAAUGCCCUCGGUGACGCAUCUUAUGUUUCACAUUGUUUUGAAUAUGUUUUGCAUUGUUAUUGUUCAUGCAAGUACAUAAUAAAGAAAAUUCAAUUUAAUGGACAGUGCUGCCUUCGGAGAUUUCAUUCAAGUGUACUUUAUACAUUGUUGAAAAGUUAAUGAGUGUGGAAUAAAGAUGAAGAAAAGAUUUAAAA